AUGAACUUCUCUCACAUUAUCUAUCUAAUGGAGACCGCAUUUACCAUCAUAAAAUCUCGCGCUUUGACGAAUAGCAACCCGGAUCUCUGCUUUUGGAACUUACAGGAGUUUCAGAUCUGUUUUCAGUCUCCAACAAAUUGUACUCUUUUUGACAUUGCUGCGUUUCUCAAAAAGUACUGCCCUAGUCUUGAGAAAAUUUCGAUCGAUAUAAAUGAUUUCACAUUUGAACCUUAUAUCUUAUGGGAGCUCUAUCAGAAGCCAAUGGUUCAGAAUGGCAACUACCCUUUGAACUCUAUCAAGUAUGUUGAGAUCAUGGGCUAUAAAAACGGCUGGCAUGAGCUUGAUAUAGUGGAGUUCUUCGUUAGGAAUGCAAAAUCUCUGGAGAAGUUGAAGCUGAUAGAGCCAAGAAACCCAGAGGUCACAGUGUUCGAACCAGAGUAUGAAAGGAUCACCAACAUAAAAAGGUUAUCUCCAAAGAAAGAUCUCAUUGAAUUUACCAAAUCAGGUCGGGCCCAAUCAUGA